AAUUAACGAGAUUGUGAUGCAAACUGACAAAACUGAUCAAACGAAACAAACUUGCCCGCAAACUGUUCCUCUGUCAUGACGUUUUAAACGACACGUAAAUAUGAGCAAGGGACAUCCCCGAAAAUUCUGCGCAUGCGUCUUGACUCUCUGAGAUAGGGAAUCGAGAGUGCGCAUUCCAGUCAAGAUGGCAGCGGUUGUCAAACGUCCGUUGAGUGAAAUGAUGGCUUCAGCUCUUGUUCCUGCGAAAAGACCGCGCCAUGAGGUGGUAGAGUAUGGCCAACGAAGAGGAGAUGGCUCUCUUGUUGCUGCUGGACCUCCAAGGACGUCAGCAUUAGAAGCUCCAAUAAUGUUAUUGACCGGUCAUGAAAGUGAGAUUUAUUGUGCUAAGUUCAGUCCCGUGGGAGAGAUUCUUGCAUCUGGAGGAUUAGACAAGUCAAUUUUUCUAUGGAAUGUUUACGGCGAAUGCGAAAACUUUGCAGUUUUGAAGGGUCACAAUGGGGCAAUCAUGGAGCUUCAAUUUUCGACCGAUGGCAGUGUGUUGUUUUCUGCUUCGACUGAUAAAUGUGUGUUUGGUUGGGAUGUUGAGUCCGGAGUCAGAGUGAAGCGUUUUCGUGGGCAUACGUCGUUUGUGAAUUCAUGCUGCCCUUCGAGAAGAGGAGAUCAGAUGGUGUGCAGUGGUUCCGAUGACGGAAUGAUAAAGCUAUGGGAUAUCAGACAGAAGACUGCUGCACAAACAUUCUCUAACAUCUACCAGGUGACUGCUGUCUGUUUCAACGACAACGGAGAUCAGAUUGCAUCCGGAGGCAUCGACAACAUUGUCAAAAUAUGGGAUCUAAGAAAGUCUGAUGUGCUGUAUACUCUACCUGGUCAUGCAGACACGGUCACCAGCCUGAGACUCAGUCCGGACGGUUCGUAUCUUUUGUCCAAUUCAAUGGACAACUCCAUCGUCAUGUGGGAUAUCAGACCGUUUGCUCCCCAGCAGCGUAUGCUCAAAAUCUUUUCCGGUGUUCAACACAACUUCGAGAAGAAUCUACUGCGAUGUGCGUGGUCUCCCAACGGUCAGAGAAUUGCUGCUGGAUCGGCAGAUAGGUCUGUAUAUGUUUGGAACACGGCGACUUGUCAGAUAGUUUAUAGAUUACCUGGACAUCGAGGGUCUGUUAAUGAUGUCGAUUUUCAUCCUAAAGAGCCGAUAUUACUGUCCUGUUCGAGUGACAAGCAGUUGUACGUUGGUGAACUAGAUUAGAGAUUAGGAAGUGAAGGUACAAGCGUGUAAUGGUACAUAUUGGUUUGCUGUAUUGAUCUGUUAACUGACAAUCGGUAACGCGAGAACAUGGAGUUCUAACACUGAUGCUAAACGAAAAGUUUGUACAUUGUUACUUUGUCUACCAACUUGAGUGAUACCUCUCAGUGUUUUA